AUGGAUAAAGUUCAACGAUCUUUCUGGUGGGGAAAGGAGGAAGGAAAAGGUUUAUAUUUCAUCUCAUGGCCUGUAGUAAGCAAAGACAAAGCUCAAGGUGGCAUGGGUUUUCGUGACUUGUCUUCCUUCAACAAAGGUCUCCUAGCACGAACAGCAUGGGGACUAUGCAACGAACAACAACAACUCUGGUCUUCAACCAUGAAACAAUGCUACUUGCCAAACACUAAUGUUAUGCAUGCAAAAAAGAAACGUAACUCUUCCUGGGCUUGGCAGAGUGUGCACAAUAUGAUGGGUUUUAUACGUGAAUUCAGUUGCUGGGUCAUUGGAGAUGGAGGUACAGUUCGCAUUUGGGAGGAUAUUUGGCUGCCGAGAAGAAACAUAUCACCAAUCCCAAUCGUUCCUACAACAGAGGCGUACAACUUCAAUGAGAUAAUGGCCAGAGUUCAACAUUACAGUGGUGCUAUCUGCAAAAUAUACAACCAGACAUUGGAGACAACAAGCCAUAUCCUUAUGGAAUAUAACUUUACAAAAGCUGUUUGGUUCACAGUCCCAGGGGCUCUUCACAGUAUUCAAAGACACGAUCAUGAUGUUGCAGCAUGGAUAAAAAGCUGGUUCACAAACGACAUGAAUGAUCUUGUUGAGGACUGGACAGUUCGAAUGGCUAAUACAGCCUGGGAAAUAUGGAAGGCUCGCUGCAACUUUACUGUGAACGCAGAGCAGGCGGAAUGUGGUGGUCUACUUCAGGCUAUGAUUUGGGCUCAAGAGGAAGGACUGCAACAUGUAUGUUUCGAACUUGAUGCACAAGUCGUAGUUGAAGCUGUCAAUGGUGAUCAUCAUAAAGUCGCAUGGGAGAACCAAUCUUUGGUUUUAGACAUCAAACUUAUGCUUAGCAGUAAUUAA